UAAUUUAUCAUACAUACAGUUAAUUGCACAAAAAAUAUAAUUAUGUUCAACCAACAUACUAACUAACUUGUGAACAAAUCCAUAAUUACAUAUGUAAAUACAUAUAUAAAUAGAAAAUAACAUAGUGAAAACUUUUACAUUAAUCGGCAGUCAUAUUUUUAUUCAAGUUUAACCUUGAUAUUUUAAUGCAAACGAUGAGAAAAAAUUUUUAUGAAAUAAGAAAAAAUAUCAAAUUCAAAAUAUGUACUAAAUUGUUAUAAAGUGAUAAGAAUAGUUAAAAAUUGUGGACGAAAAUAUGUGAUUUAUUAAAAAAUAUGUACAUAUAUGUAUACAUACGUAUGUAUAUAUCAUGAUGAAAGUCUACAAAUUUACAGAAUAAUCGGCAAAAAAUCGAUGGAAUUGGAAUAUUUAACUUUAUGUUCAUAAAUUUCAAUAAAAAUGUAAAGUUAUAAAGAAAUUGCAUAUAACUAAUUAAAACUAAUAAAACAGUGUUCAUACGAUAUAACACUUGAAGGUUUAGCAGAUGGAAUAUGGUUUGCAUACUGCACGGAUACUAUGAUGCUCGACCUAAAAUGUGUUUUAGUGCUUCACCACCGCCACCACCAAAAGCCAUAUUUUCAUCUAACUUAACUUUGGGUUAUGAAUGUAGUAUUAACAAUCCCAGCGUCCUCAAUACCAAGUACCAUUAUCAAAAUUACAACAACAACAAUACCGUUUAUAAGGAACAGUACAAUAUGCAACGACAAGAAGAUAUAAAGAAUGUUAACGACUCCCACAGAGACGAAGAAACAUCAUCUGAUUACAAGCAAUGGUUGCAUGCUAUGAAAUUAGUGGCGAGGUUACCAGGAGGCAUUCCACCUGAAUUUCGUCGUAAGCUGUGGCUCUCGUUGGCGGAUAAAUAUUUAAAAUCUAAAAAUGUUGAUUGGGCCAGGGAGGAAGAAAAAUGUUUUUGUGAAAAAUGGCGAGAGGAUGACGAAGAAUUGGGAAUUCAAAUUGUUAAGGAUCUCCAUCGAACCGGAUCUACUUUGUGCACUGGACCAGCAGGAGAUUUAAAUCAAGCCAAACUUAAGAAAAUACUUUUGGGUUAUGCUCGCUACAAUCCGGAAGUUGGAUAUUGCCAGGGUUUUAACAUGCUGGGUGCUCUUAUACUACAAGUUAUGGACAAAGACGAAUCAGAAUCAAUCAAGGUUAUGAUAUAUCUUGUUGAGGGUAUUUUACCAGCUGGUUAUUUUUGUGGAUCCAUGGGUGGAUUACAAGCGGAUAUGGCUGUUUUUCGCGAAUUAAUGCAAACCAAACUUCCUCGUUUGGCAAAACAUCUUCAAAAACUACAAGGUCCUAUCGAAAAUGCCUACGAACCUCCAUUGACGAAUGUCUUUACCAUGCAAUGGUUUUUAACUAUGUUCUGUACAUGCCUUCCAAUGAGUUGUGUACUUCGGGUUUGGGACUUAGUUUUAAUUGAAGGAAGUGAUGUUCUUCUACGAACUGCUCUAGCACUUUGGAGUUUACUCGAAGAGAGAGUGCUUAGUGCGCGCAGUGCUGACGAUUUCUAUGGAAAAAUGGGAUCAUUUUCCAGUGAACUUUUGAAUGGACAUUUAAUUGACUCGAACGGUUUAAUUGAGAAGGUUGUGCAGUUGGGACCCAUCGCUGAUAUACAAAAGUUGCGUGAUAAACAUCUCUACAGCAUUGCUCCUAUCCAAAACCAACAAGGACUACAAUUAUAUUAUGACGAUGGCGAGGAGCCGGAUAUAGAUGAAGAUUCACGUUUGGCCGUUGCUACUGUCUGGGGAAUUCCUUGGGGUCGCAGAGGUUCGCAAGGACAACAAAAUAAUAUUGCUACAAAGCAAGCCAUCGAAAAUAAGGAUCGAAUUGCUCUUGAUAUCUCCCUUUUAAAAAAGCAGUAUGAUAAAUUACGCGAAAGACAGAAACAAGCACAUAUUAUAUUAACUACAGCUUGCUCAACAGCUUCUCGCCAAAGUGCGGGUCUAAAUCCAUCUACAGCAACAUUACCAGUGAAUCAACUGUUAUCUGGUCGUCCAGCAAUAGUUACAAAUAAGGGGCGUCGUUGUGGACCUCCUACAGGUGCAAUACCACCGGCAAGAAAACCUUCACUGCCUGCAGUUCUGCACGACAAACCGCUAGAAAAACAAUUUAGAAGGGGUGAAACGUUACAUUGGCGGGAUACAAAAGAUACAAGACACAGGCGAGAUAGCUUAAGCUGGAAAGAAAUUAAAGCUGAACGCGCAGCAAUGAUUACUUCCGGCAGCAUAGACGGCCUUAAAUCACAAAAAAUUCGAACAGGUAGACUAGGAAAAAGUGAUUCAUCUUCUUAUAGCGAGGAGAGUGAUGACAACGAAGCUGAAGUAGAAGGUGAUGGUUCUAGUACAGACACAAGCCUUUGUGAUGAAGAAUUCCAACCAGUAGCUAAUGGUUUAAAACAGCAUAAUGAAUUAUCCCAAAAACCCUCUAGCAAACCUUUAUACAAACAAAAAAAUAAUUUACUUAAGCAACGGCACCAAUCGGCAAAUCGUAAAGAUAAUAACCAGAAGGCGAGACCAAAAUCUUGGGCUCCUUCUAACAGCGAGAUUCCAUUUGUUUUAAUGUCCACAGAUUCUCCAAACAAUAGUGCUGAUGAAAAUCCUGAAUUAGAAUAUCGCACAGCAACAGAUAACACCAUAUUGAAGGAAGAGGAAGACAAUUCAACUGAAGGAACACAAUCAAAUCUAAAUCAAAAAAAAAUUGAUGUGAUUAUGCCUAAUUUAGAAUUUUCUGCUGAAAGUCUUUCCAAAACCAAAAUACCAAAUGAAAUAAGUAAUUCAAGAUCAAAGUCACCGAUUAAAAGCCAAGAAAUACCUUUUGUAAAGCCUACAAUCGGAAGUACAGAAGAAAAAGACAUAUUUAUGGAUUCAACAAAUUUUAUGGGAAGUAGUGACGGCAAAGAAGACGAAAUCAAAACUUUCGAUAUCAGUAAGGAAGGAGUCACUAAUGAAUACUUCGAAAGAGUUAACAGCUCAGAGCGACCCACAAAACUUGAUUUGUUGUAUUCACUCAAUGAGGAUGAAAAUAUACGAGACACUUUUAAAAUUGAGGUUGAUGAAUUUGUUAAGACAAAUCAGGAAUCAUAUCUCUAUACAAAUGAAAAUAAUGUUAAUAGUUCGAAAAAUAUAAGAUGUAUGGACCUUCUUGUAGACUAUUCGGAAAAAUCGUCUGUCGCUUGCAUUGAAGAAGCCAAAUCUGAAAUAUCAACAACAUUUCAAGCAUGUGAUAUGACAAUCCCAAUUCCAACAAAUAAGGAAUAUGUCGAUAACUCUACUGAACAUUUAUUAAAAAAAACAAAAGGAAGUGCAGAGAAAAGAAGAGAUCCUAGACGCCUAACUUUAACUCGAUCAUCAACAAUGGACAUUGAAAAGAGGUAUCAGGCGCUUGAAAAACGACUUAGCAUGGAACUGUGUUCCAAAUAUAAACGAAUAUUACCUGAAAACGAAUUUGAAAGUGUAGAAGGUUACAAAAAAUAUAAUCAAAGUUGCACCACACAUCCCAAUAACAUCAAAAAUGUGUGCGAUGAUCUAAAUAAGCACGUUGUUGACAAUAAACGCCAAACACCUAUGGAUAAAAAAAUACCAUCAACUGCGGAGUUGGAAGAACGCUUUAAAAACAUACAUCAACAUAUUCUUAGAGAUCGAAAUGAACAUUUAAAGUCGCCAUGUGACUCAGAAAAUACCGAAAAACAAUCAAAUAUGAAAUCUUCUGAUAUCGACAAUAUUCAAAAAAAAUCCACAAAUGAGAAAACAAUUAGGGAUACGAAAAAAGAAGAUGACCAGAAUGACAACAAUGACGAAGCGGAAAUCGGAAAAAUAUUGGGAGAACAAUCAGAUUCUGCACCAAAGUCUUUGACGUUUAAUGAAAUCGAAGAUGUGAAUUCCGACAGCAACAUUAACACUGUGCAAACUUCUACAAAUCCAAGUUCUCAGAAUAUAGCCCCAAAGACUAACGCAUUGCAGACCAAAAAAGAACCACCUGACGAUAAUGUAGAUGAAGAUUCAAUUUGUAUUAAUAGAACAGCAGUAUCGACUACAAAUAAAUCUACCGUCGAGAUUGAAGCAACUGCCAAAAGGAGAGGAAACAAUUCUGAAGAAUCUGAGUAUGUCUCAGAAGAAAACAUGCGUACAUUUAAUUCAGAAAAAAUUCACGAGACAGUUAAAGAAACACAAGAAGAUUCUAAAAGCAAAUCAAAUCGAACAUCACCCCCCACAACGGAGGAAUUAGAAAAACGAUUUUCAGCUUUGGAAGGACAAAUGAGUUCCACUAAUAUUCAAGAGGAUAAACAUACAAAAUCUAAUGUGUCUUCGGAAGAAACUGAAAAACAUGGAGUAAAUGUUUUAAUGGCGGAUAAUAAAGCAUCAAGUGACACUGAAGCCUUAGCAACAGAUACAUCAAAUAAUUGUAUGUUAUCGUCAUCAGAUCUAAAGACAGAUUUAACAAAAUUUAAACAGUUAUCUGAAAAAUAUACAAAGCGACGAUUAUCCGAGCCCCCUACUACUGAAGAUCUAGAAAAAAGAUAUGAAGUUUUGAAACGACGGAUGAGUUCACGAAAUUUCGAGACAAAAUCCUUUCCAAAAGAUGGAUUUUUCGAUGCCCCACAGAUAACACAUGAAAUCGCUGUAACUGAAUCUCCCACUAUGUUAAAAAGCACAGACAUUAUAACACAGUCUGCAAACAAGAGUUCGCCGCCAUCAAUUGAAAAUCUAGAAGAACGUUUUGAAAAACUGCAAAAUAAAAAUGAAUCAAAAAGCUCAUUUAUUAAACAGUCUCCUCCUUCAACGGAAACUCUGGAAAAACGUUAUGAAGAACUACAAAGUAAAAAUGGUCAAUUGGAAACGCAGAAGUCAACAAAUCCCGCGGAAAAACAAAUUCCACCUAGUGAACAAGAACAAGUAUCUGAAAAUGAAGAAAUGCAAUAUAGUAACUCAUUGGCUAAAGAAACUAUAAGUGAUUCAACACCUAAUUAUAUUGAAACCUGUGAGGAUGGAACACAAACCUCUGAUGAAAAUGAUACGGAUGUAAAGCUUCCUAUAAAAACAGAAGAAAUAUCAGACAAAAAAGAACAUAUUCAUAAUAUAGCUGACAAUGCUAAUCAAAUAAAGGUUAAACUCAUUGAGGAAUUACAAGCGAAAAUAAAAGAACAAUCUAUAAACACAGAUAUAGAGAAUAGUGUUGAAAAAAAGACCGCGCUUAUUGAAGAGCUUAAAACUAAAAUUAAACCCAUGACAGAUAUGAUUGUAAAGCCAACUCACAUCACUACUAGUCGGCGCUCACCUGCUCAAAGCUUUAUUUUACCAAGUCAAAGUUUCAACGAUGAAACCUUGGAAUCACAUGCGACUUCCGCUUAUAGCAGAUCGGGAAAAUACGAACCUGCAAAUACAUCUAAUCGAAAAAUGGUUCGUCGUUUUUCCGAUUUACCCUCAAGAGCCGACCUUGAGAAUCGUUUGCAGUUCUUGGAAGAACAACUAAGCAAAACGGUAUGCAUGCAACGUCGUUCAAGUGAUUCCGAAGUAGCAUCGAAAGGUAGUCAUAAGCAUAAUGUUCCACUAAGUGACAGCCUAGAGUAUCGUGUCCAAGAAUUAGAAAAACGUUUAAAUGAGAAUAGAAGCCUCUCAACGGAUGUGGAGCGUACAAAUACCAAAGAGAAAAACAUAAGUGAACCCAAUGUUGAAAUUUCUCAGAUAGAAUUGGCUACUGAUAGUAUAGCUGUGACAGGAAAAGAAUUAGUUCGUUAUUCUUCCUAUGGCGAAGUGGGAGAUACUGAACACCAGAAUCCAAUCAAUAUUAGCAUAAAUAUUCAAAUGACACUUAAUAAAGAUGAUAUUGGCAAUAAAAAAAAUCCUGAUGUUACAAAGACCGAUGAAUUAGAUCGGCGACUCCAAUUCUUAGAACAACAGCUUAAAUCAUCACAAGAGCAGGAAACUUUUGAAAAUGCUGCGGUUGAUGUUAAGGAAAGCAUAAAUGGAAAAGAGCAAAAAGAUAUCUGUGUGGCAGAUAAUACCCAUCAAUUUGCACAAACUGAAGAAUCACAUGAAAUUAUAGAUAAAAGUGAAACAUCAGAAGUUAAAAUCCUCAAUAGAAAUAAUAUAGAACCACUAAAUAUCAUUCAAUCUAGUGUCAUCGCUGAAUCUACUAAAACCGCAGAAAAUGUUUAUAAUAAAAAUAUCACAGAAAAGUUAGAGGAAGAAAAAUCAGACCUCAAAGUGGAAAAAGUUACUGAUAAUGAAGAUAAUAAAACAACUGAAUGUAGCGAAAAAAAUAUUGAAUCGACAAUGUCGAAAAUAUCUGACCCUGGCGAAACAACUAAAAAACUAUGUUCAGAGACUCAAAAACACAAUUUAACAGAAGUUGAUAAUGUUGAUGAUCAAGUGAAUAAAGAAAAUUUAAAGGCACAUCUAUCUAAGUCCCCAGAUAAACCUAAGAUAGCAACUACGUCGAUGGAGCCAAAACAAGAAAUUUUAAAUGAUAAUAAAAACGAUUCAAAUGCUAUUGAAACUGAAACUCAAAUUGACGAAAUAAAGGAUGCAAAGGAACUAUUAAAAAGCAACUCUCAAUCUACGCCACAAUCAAAUAAUAUUGCGGAAUCAAGUCAAUUGGAACUAAGCGAGGGGGAAAACAUUCAAAAUUAUGAUAAUUCUGAAAACAUUAAAAAGUCUGAAAUAGACUCAUCAAAUGUUCACACUUCCACCCAAUUUGUACCCGUAGAAGUAAACAAAAAGACGUUGGUUUUAUUAUUAGACAACGAACCUAAAGCAGUUAAAGUGCGUCGGCUUACUCGGGCAAAUACUGAAGAAUUGGAAGAUCUUUUUCAAGCACUUGAAAAACAACUUACAGAUCGUGGUCAAGGGAAACAUGACGAUAAAAAGGCAAUGCCUAGAUCAAAUGAAUUAUCACAAGAUGAGAUCGAGACAACAAAAGCAAUGUCAGAAUUAGCAAAAGAAAUAGAGGCAUUUUCUAAAAGCGAAUCAGAUCAAAGUGAAUACGAUGAUAAACUUAAACAAACAGCAAAGAAGCAAAAGAAACUGGAGGAGGAUUUUGAUUGGGGAAAUGAUCCCAUAAAAUACCACUUGAAAAAAAGAACAGUAUAUUUACCUUCAACUAAAGAACUUGAAGCAAGAUUUCGGUCAUUAGAACGUCAAAUAAAGCUUCUGGAAGAUGUGGAAAAAAUUGAUGUAGAGCAGCGCCUAAUAGAAAUUGAACGCAAAAUAAAACUGCAAUACUCGUUAUCUCAUGAAAAAGAUUUAAACAAGUUCCUGGAGUUAUGCGAAGGAAAAGAUGUCGAUGAAAUACCAACAGCAUCAGAAGAUCGAAAAGAGAGUAGUAAAGAAGUACAAGAUGAUCAAAAAUCUAUGACUAAACAAACAUCCCCUUCCAGGCAAAUGGAACCAACACCAUCUACUGGUAGUCUCGAAUACCGAUAUCGCGCACUAGAUUUAAAACGAUCAAAGUCAAAGCAAAAUCUUAAAAAGCAACCAAUUCAUCCUUUAGAAAUGCUUCUUGACCCAAGUCCAGAUGAUAUUCCUACCACUGGUGAGUUGGAACAUCGAAUGCGUGUAAUGGAAGAAAAUCGAUACACACCAUCUCCACCAUCAAGAAAAUCGCGUUCACAGUCACCCCCAGCUAAAGGUCAACAAUAUAAAACCAAACCAAACAUACAUAUUUUGGAAACAAUGACGGCAAGUCCUACAGAACGAGAACUUCCAACAGCAGAAGAAUUAGAGGCACGUUUAGAAGCAUUAGAAAGAGAACAGUGCUUCAACUUCAAAAUGCAGAAAAACUUCCAACAGUUUAACCAAAAGCUUAAAGAUGUUGUUUCGCCAUCCCUAUCCUUCGAUGAAUUUAAACCGCCAACAAAAUCCUGUGAAUCUGAACAUUCCAAAGUACAAAGUUUAGCCCCAAAACAAAUUACCAGUGUUAAUACAGUUAGUCCCAAAACAAUACGUUUUCGCAAAGAAGAUCAAUCUCAACUUUUACUUAAAAAGGACAAUGAAUCCAUGACUCUUGCAGAUUCCCAGAGUAAUUCUAAAGGGUCUCAACAAACGACGACCGCUCACGAGGGGCUUGGCGUUAUGGGGAUUCGUUUGAUGAGGGAAACAUCGCCUCUUCGACGAAAGGGAACGCACACCGGCAUACCACUGCGUACUGGAGAAAAUAUAAAUGAUCAACUGACAUCCAUUCAAAACACUAUAAAGUCAAUUGACAGUCUUUGUGAGGAAAAGCCUUAUCGAAAAGAAAGGUGUCAGCAAUAUAUCGAUGCUCUAUUCUCAGACUCCACAUAUUUCGCUCAUAAAAAAUCUUCUCUCGAAGAUCUCACUUCAAGAAAUCUGAGCCGAUCAACAUCGCGUGAGAUUGGACCCUCUAUUCGAAUCUCUGAUCACAGCCCAGCCUUCUCUCGUUCAAUGGGAUCAGCUGAUUCAAUUCGAUCAUCAAGCCCCUUGAGAUCGUCGAGCCCACUUCAGUACCGUUCCAAUAGAGACCUCCGGCGUGAACCUUCUCCUAGACGUCGACGAGACGAAGAUCGUGAAGAGCAUGAAAGUAGGGUAAGACGUGAUAAUCUAUUGCCAAAUAAUAUUAACUAUAGUAAUAGCAUAUUAAGCCAUACUAGUCAUAGUAGUUUAACUAAGUUUCAUAAAGUAGAUAGCCAACUAAUUCCAAACGAUGUUGAACACGAACUAGAAGAAAGCUUACGAACUCCGACAUUCCGCUCAACUGACAACUUAAAAUACGACAACACUAAUACCUCAAACAACGUCAACACAACACAACAACGCAAUCUUAAUGCGGAAGCAACAACAACCGAUCCCUAUAGGAGCCUUCAUUUGGACAGGCCUAUAUCUCCAUUCCGACAAACUAUCCUUCCAAGCACAAACACUCCAGUCUACACACCAGCCAAAUUAGAAAUUCGACAUACAACUGUAACGUCUACUUUCUACGAUCGUGUUCUUACUGAAAAACAGUUGGAAAAACAAAAUCAUCACUCUGUUUCAACCCCAAUUAUAUCCCCGUUGUUUGAGAAGCACGUAAAGCAAUCCUUCAAACAACAAACUAACAAAUCACCACCCAAACUUUUACAUACCGAUUCGAACAAUACACAUUGAUUCUUACUUAUGCUUCUUCUACAGGUAAUUAUCAUUGUACCCAUCAACUAUCGCACAUUCAGAAUAAUAAUAACGUCAAAUAUGUCAAUUGAUACUUAGUGAAACAUUUAAUUCAUCUUCUAAGUUUAAAAACCUCUACAUUUCAUUGGCUCCAAUCCAAUUUAAGUCAUUUCAGAAUAUUAUAAUAAAUAAAUAAUUUUGAUAUAAUCAUAUUAACAAAAUGCGCAUUUCCAAUUAGUGCAACAAAAUUGUUCACAUUACUACCUAAAAUACCCAUAAAGUUCUAAUAUUGUUUUAAACUUAAAAAUUUUCUCUUUCAAUAAUUAUAAUAAUAAAAAUUAACGUAAUUUGCUUUAUUACUUAUUGUGGUGUUGUUCAUAAAUACAUAUUUAUGUUUUAAAUUAUUUUUAUACGCAAUGAAUGCAUGAAUUAUGUUUUCUCAUUUUCUUCCUUGAAGGACGCUUAAUUUAAUCUAGUUAAAUAUGUACUUAACUGCAUCCCAUUUCUCUUGUAAAAUGCUGCAUUUUUUAUAAAAACAAUAAUGCAUUUUGUCUCCUUUAAAUUUACGCUGAAAUCAAUGGUGAUGGUGAUUACAAUGGUAAUAAACGUGCAUACAUACAUAAAUAUGUAUAUUUAAACAGAUCUGCCUGUAUGAUAAUUUGUAUUGAAUGUAUUUAUUUAAAUAUAUUGAAGUCACUCGUCAAUGAGAGCAAAUACUAUCAGAGAAGUAUUUAUUUCUUUUUACACAUACAGUAAUAAUAGUUGCACCAUUAGAAAUAUGUUUGAUAACUUUUGCUUAGAAAUUUUUAUAUAGUUAUGUACAUAUUACUAGGUUUGCCGGAUCUGAUUUUCAUGUAAAUCCAGACAAUUGCUAGAACUGUUUAUAUCAAUAAAUAAACAAGAUUUUAAGAGUCUACAAAUCUACUUCAACAUAUUGUUUAAUUUGUGCAUUUGUUACGAUCGAAAGUUGAAUUACUACUAAAAUUAAACAAAUAUGUUAAAACUUUAAAAAACAAUAACUUUUAACAAAUUUGAAUCCCACUUUGAAAAUUUGAGGUAUUUCAUUCACCAAAAGUUGUCGUUUUCCUUUUUUAUGAAGGAGAAUAGGAAAAAUAAUUCUACUCUUGAUCGGAAUGGAAUUUUGUGACUGGCCCUAUAGAUGUUCGUAGAUUUAGAUUUCCGACAGAGUAAAACUGAUUCAAAAUUUUGCUAUACUUUUUUAAUUAUUUCAAAUAUCCUAACAAAUUGUUUUUAGAUUUGAUUAUUUAAUGUCCUUUGAAACAAUUGUAACACAAACCGUUUUUCAAUAUUUUUUGAUAUCACAGCCAUUUCAAAUACAAAACAAUUCU